UAAACAAUUAAAAAACAUUAAAAAUAAUUUCAAAAAUUAACCGUGUGACAAAUUUUAUAAAAUAAUCCAAAGAUUUUACCUCAGAUAAGAAGUGGAUAAGAGUAUAAAAGCCAAAACAAGUUUUUAGAUAUACAGUUUGUAAAAAUUCUAAAACACAUAAAACUGUGACAAACUUUGAAAAAGAGUAAAAAUAAUAGCCUUUCCCCAAAUCAACUUUAAAUGUGAACAACUUUUGAAAAAAAAAAGUGAAAACAACUACAGCAGUGAACUCAAAAGCAGUGAAACCGCUGAAAUGUGCUAAGUUUUGCCACACCCCCCCCAACAAACAAUUUGUGCAAUAACGGUAAAACUAAAUCUCAGCUCCCUUCAACUUGCGAGACAAAAGCAGUCAGUAUAAACAGUAAACAUUUUGCCCUCAUUUGCACAACUAAAAAUGCUCAAUAUGGAGUCACCACAGAUGUACGACACCGUGCAGACGCUCUCCCAGCUGGACCUCAAAAAGCAGCCACCGCCUCAACAGGCGAUCAUCGGCCAGAUCACGCUGACGGCUAUGUCCAGCGGCCAGCAGCAGCAGCAAAACAACAACGCUGCAAACAAUAUUAACAACAACAAUCCAAACAACAACAACGGCACAGAUGCCAACAACAACAAUAGCAAUAAUGUUGGUAAUUUGGCAGCUGCUGCCGCGGUUGCUGCACAACAACAACAAAACGCUGGACUGGUGGUCAAGCAACAUGCGGUGCAUCAAAUGCAGCAUGCCGCCGCCGCGCUCAACAACAACAACAAUGCCUCCGCGAUUAAUGCGAAUGUGAAUAAUGUGAAUAAUUUGCUGCAAAAACAAAUGCUACAACAGUACACACAAUCCGAUCUGGAUGAGUUGACCGCACAGGAGAUCACUUUGGAUCUGCAACACCUGAUCGACGAUCAGUUUCGCGAACAGGAGGGUUUGGGCAUCUUUAGCGACAUGGUCACCAGUCCGGGCGGUUUGUCGGCCACGUUGCCGCCCAACGGCAUGGUUAGUGCCGCGGCCAAAGUGCUGCAACAACAUCAGCUACAACAACAAACCUUACGCACACAACAACACAACUAUGGACGCAGCGCAUUGGCCUACAUGCCGCAAGCGGUGCACUCGGGCGCAGCAUACAGCAAUAAUUCCAGUGAUGAGAACUCGUCGGUGGGCUCGGAUUCGUCCACCAUCAAAGAGGAACCCAUCGAUCCGGAAUAUCGCCGUCAUCUGCAAGAAACCAAUGCGAAUAAUGCAGCAGCCGCCGCUUUCAUAACAAAUGGUGGCGCCAACGGGCUCUACAAUCCGUAUCAGACGGCGGCAAACAAUGGCCCGGUGGGCAAUAACGGUGGCAUGAGCAAUGGCGUCGGCGGCGGUGCGCCCAACUUCACCAAUCUGACCUCAGCCAACGUGUUGGCACAUCACUCUGUGAAUUUACCGCAUUUGGCGGCCGGCGCACACCUACUCAAACACCACAACAAACAGCUACACCAUCAACGCAAAUCUUCGCUAAAACAUGUCGAUAAGGGCAGCGAAGAGUAUCGUCGGCGUCGCGAACGCAACAACAUAGCAGUGCGUAAGUCGCGCGAGAAGGCCAAGGUGCGCUCACGCGAAGUGGAGGAGCGCGUCAAGACGUUGCUCAAGGAGAAGGAGGCGCUGCUGCGUCAACUGCAGGAGAUGACCAACGAAAUCCAGUUACACAAACAGAUUUACAUGCAGUUGAUGAAUCAUGCGAAUCCGGAAGUGAGUCGCGUGUGCCGCAGUUUCCUCAACACCAACGAUCAUGGGCUUUAGAAGCGUUUACAGGACAAUGGCGCACGCGAAGCUGCCAGCAAACAGCUAGAGAGCGGCGUACGUGCGUUCGCGUGCGUGAUCUUCGUAAUAUAUGUAAAUAAGUGUGUGUGUGUGUGGUAGUAGCUCGCAUGAAUCUUUGUAUGUGUGUGUGCUGCGUGUGUUAGUUAAAUUUUCGAGCAGCAAACCUUAUCGCUGUGUGCUUAUGAAAUAUUAAAUAAAUUAUAGUUAAGUUCUAUGUUUUUAUACAAAGCUCUGCAAAGUGUAUGUAAAUUGUAAUGUAAAUAGUUUAAAGCGAGAGUCGAAAUAGAGGCAUUCCUCGACAACCUGAAUAUGUAAUAAUAUUUCUAUGUGUAUUUAAAUUUAUAUUUGUAACGCAAUACUUUUUUUAAUAUUUUAAUAUAUGUAUGUAACUUAUUUGAUAUAAUCUAAAGUUUGUAAAGAAUAUUUUUUCAAAUAUUUCAGCAGCAGCAGGAACAUCAGCGAGAAAGAGAGCAUAGUUUAUGAGAUUUUUGCAAAUAUUUAUAAAAUCGAGUAUGUUUUGUUAUGGGACUGACUAGUUAUUAGGUGAUUUUUUUAUUUUUUUCAAAAGUCGAUUUAUGUUCGAAAUUAUAGCCGCUUUCUUAAUAGAAAUUUUUAACAUCCACUAUGUCUUAUUAAGUUAAAGGCGUCUUCCCAAAAAAUUUUUUCGAAAUUCCUUCCCCUUAAAGAUUUCUUUCGAAUUUCAAAACCGUUUUCUAGUAAUGGCCGUCUUCCUGAAAAGAUUUGUUUAAAUUCCAAUUGUUUUCGAAGUUAGAGCUGUCUACAUGAAAUGAUUUUUCAAAAAUUCAACAGUUUUCGAAGUUUCAGUCGUCCUCUUAAAGUUUUUUUUGCAUAACUUAAACAGUUUUCUAUGUUAUGUUC